AUGUCUUAUCAUUUUGAUACAAAUAAGAGAAAUGUACUUAUGGAAAUUGCAAGAAACACAUCAAUAUUGGACUGGAAAAGUCAUGAAAAUGCAUACGAUUUAAUUGUUUACAUUAGGUGUAACAAACGCCGUACCAAGCAAGAGUUAAUCGUCCAACACGAGAAGUGGAUACAGUGUCUCGAAGAACACAAGACGCAUGUUUACACUUACUACUCACCCUUCAAUCAUGAUUUCAUUGAGCAAAACAGAACGAACAGGACAGUUCAACUUCACCCCAAAAAUCGAAUUUCAAUCUCUGACCUUGAAAUCAAUACAUUCCAUGAAAAUAAAUUUCUCUUGUGUCGCGUAAUCACGAAAUGCGCAAAAUCAACAGCGCUUUCUACAGUCAUUGAAGAUCCUGAAGGAGACGCUGAGCGUAUUUCGUUGUACAAUUGGUUCCCGAAAACCACAAUUCCAAUAAGUGGAUUAACGCUGACAGUUGAUCAAGUUUCUCAACUUCUUCCAAUUGGUACAAUCAUCGCGGUUCAAAAUCCAUACUACAAAAUCGGAGAGGAUGGAUUCUCUUUGAUUCGUACCGAUUAUCCGGAUCAGAUUAAUAUCGUGAAUUCAACUGACAGUUUGCUAAAUGGGAUUAAAUGGAAACCGGACAAAGAAGAAGCCGCAAAAAAUAAUGAUAAAUCAUCAACGAAUAAAAAAAUGACAGCUGAUGAUUACCGAUUACACGGUAAUAAGUACUUUGCAAUGAAUGAUUUCGUUUCUGCCAUAAAAACGUAUUCGCUUGGAAUCGAAUUGGAUCUGCGUAACGUCACUCUUUAUGCGAACAGAGCGGAAGCACAUUUGCGAUCACGCCAAUUCGUAAAAGCGCUGAAGGAUACGGAAAUGGCAUUGAAACUAGAUCCUAAACAUCUUAAAGCAAGUAUCCGAAAAGGUAAAGCUCUACUCAAUCUCAAACGGUAUGAAGAAGCAGUAAACACCUUCCAUGAAUUGCUUAAACGACCAAAAUCAAGAAAUUCUUUUGAUGGACAAAUUAAAAGAGAGAUCGAACAAUUUCUAAAACAGUCAGAAACAAUGAAUUCUGAAAAUAGGGAUGGCAUUUAUAAUUAUGUCAGCAUAAUAAAUGAAUUUUUGAAGCAAAGUGAGACUAUUGAGGAUUUUUGUGAACAAGAAUGGAUUCACAUCGGAGGGCCAAGGUUAAAUCAUGCCGACUACAUCAAUGAUGCGAUCGAAAUGAAACAAGGAGGUGCAAAAGGCUGUAAAUGGGUCUCUAAACAAAGCAUACCGCAACACACUUUAUUGAUGGUUUCUAAAGCAUUUGAAAUUGUUUUUGAACAAGAAACACCUAAAUUUUAUAUUUUUGGAAAUGAAUUUCAGACUGAUGUUUCUUGCUUGAUUCCACCGAUUGCUCAAAAACUACGGGACGAGCCAGAACUUGGCCGUAAAAUUUAUCAACUGUAUACCGGUCCUGACAUGAUUCCCGGAAAAAACCUGGACGAACACUUGUUAAAGACUGUGGAUGUAAAAAGAAUCGAGAAACUUCUCCGCUUUAACGCGUUUCGACAGGAUGGUGACUCUGUACAUCUCUUAAAUCGCCACUCUACAACUGAUGCUGAGGCUAAUGGAUUGGGUCUUUGGCUAAAUCCUUCAUAUUUUAAUCACUCAUGCGUCGAUACCAAUGUUGAGCGCAUUUAUUUAGGAGACUUGAUGUUUAUUCGUGCGCAACGCACUAUUGUUAAAGAUGAAGAUUUGACACUUUCAUAUGUUAGUCCGGUAUUUCCUUAUGAAAAACGCGCCCAUUUACUUGAAAAAUCUGGGAUUCGGUGCAGAUGCAGAUUAUGUGAAAUAGAUCGUGCCGAACCUUUGGAUGUGCAUUUACGACGUAAAAAAAUUUUUGAUCAUUUUGGAGCUCAUAUCAUUCCAAAGUUAUUCUUAGAAAAAGAAAUAUACACUUGUGAGUUAUCCCUCAUAACCAAGACGCUUGAGAAUAUGUUUUCGGAGUUAAGUACACUUCGGAAGGACCAUGACCUAGACUUCUCUCCGAUCUUGCUCGUAACUGCACUUGACAAGACAUACUUAUUGACCGACAAUACCUCGAAAUCUGUUUCUAUUCUCCAAAAAAUAUAUGAGCUAUUGAAAAAGCAUAACAUGUACAACCUCUCGAACAAAAUCGCGUCGUCGUUAGCUCUUCGACACUCGAGACUCGGGCAGAUGUCGACGGCAAAGAAGCUAUUCAAUUCGGGUUUGUACGAGAUGGUUGCUCCCAUCAUUGGUCAUUUUGCGAUCAAUAAUGCGCAGAGUAGAUUGAAGGCAUUGAGGAUUGCGGAAAAGCUGGAUCCGGCGUUUAUUUUCGAGGCGAGAUAUGCCGGUUUAGUGUAA